UUUCACGGUGCAGAUAGAACUCGCUCGUGUAAAAAGUCCGCGUACACGAAAUUUAUAAAAAAAACCCGCUCUUUCUUUAUUCGUUUAAUUUUUAGUUCUCGUGUCUGCGUUUAAAGUAUAUAACAUCAGUAAACACAUCCAAUUUACCACACCUAAAUAACUGUCACAGCAUAAUGAGCACCCAUUUAGUACAAUACGUAGUGGUUCGAAAGGAUCUGGCGAAGAUACUGAAAUGGCCAACGGGAGCACUGAUUGCACAGGGAUGUCACGCGUGUACAGCUGUAAUACACACAUUCUACCAGGAUCCGAACACUCAGCAAUAUCUGCAAGAUCUGGACAGGAUGCAUAAAGUAGUUUUAGAGGCCCCAGAUGAAGACAGUUUGAGAAAGUUGUCAGAGAGACUCACCUUGGACAGUAUAGAUCACAAAUUGUGGAUGGAACAGCCAGAAAAUAUCCCCACAUGUGUUGCUGCUAAACCAUACAAGAAGGAAGAUGUUCAGCAAUAUUUUAAAGAGUUCAAAUUAUUUAGAUAGUUCAUAGUUGUUUAUUGUGUUUAUUAUAUUAAUUUAUUUAAAAUGUAUCUUGAUUAAAAGAUUCAAAUGCA